AUGUCUUUGAACAAAGCUGAAGCUCUUGCUGAGCUCGAGAAGGCGAACCAGGAGCGUCUCAAGAAGGAGUACAGUGGCAAAGCUGGUACCAAGUUUGUCACUGAGGUCCGAGAGUCCAUGCUCUUCCAGUAUAACUGGGCGGACCUGCUCUCCGCAGCCCCAACUGCAUUAUCCCUGCUCGGAGCCUGUCAUGUUGCAUCCGCCAGCGAGGAGGCUUCUGCCAUUCGUCUUGGGGGUUCUUGUAUGCCCAAGGGCGGCUGGCAGUACCUCAAGGUUGCCGAGUCGCCAACCCUGAAAGCCUGUCUGGUAUAUGUUGGCGAUUGUGGUGCUAAGACAUUCCACAUCGCCGCCAGCAACAUGGAUGCCAUCGCAGGAACGUCUGGAGACUUGACUGAAAUUGUGACCGAAGUUAUUCGCGCAACUCAAAAGCUUCCCGAGCCUGGCUAUGCCAGAAUCCUUGACAACAAGCUUAUCCAGCUCAGACGUCUUUCUGAUAGCUGCCUCAAGUAUGCAGAGGACACUGAAAAGGCUUUCGAUACUUGGUUGCUCUGCGUCACGGAGUUCCAUACCGCUUCGGUUCAGAAGCAUGGUACCACCGAAGCAGAGGCAGAGGCCAACAACUCUCUGAAGCUACAGGCCCAGAUUGAAGCGACAUACACUCAGAAGGAGGUCGACUCGGCUGAGUCCCACGCUCAGAAUAUGCUCACUUCCUUGAACAAAGCCGAAGCAGCUUUUCAGAAAGCAAACGAUGAUAUUCCAUCUGCUUGGGAAACCUGCGCUAUGGGUGCUAUCAACGCAAUCGCGCAGGCAGGUCCCUCCAUUGUUGCCCAAGCUUUGCCGGCAAUUAUCAACGGCAUGAACCCCAUGUCUGCUGUCAACUCCAUGGCCAGUGCCUUUGGCAAGGCUGCAACAGACGGCGCUACUACCAUCCCCGGUAGCGCUCCCUUGGCCGGUGCGUUGUUGGGUGCCUCUGCUGGCCAAUCCGCUGCCAAGGGUGCCAAAGGCUCCCCUCUUGUCCAGGCCGAUCAAACUCCACCCGCAGACCCCGCUUAUGCAGCUGCACCCCUUAUAUCUCCCUUCCUGACCAACCUGUACUCGUAUCUCACUACCGGCCCCGACGGUGGCAUCGACUGGUCUAAGUUCAAGGACAGCAAGAAGGGACCAGAUGGCAAGGUCCAAGAGGCUCAUGGAAUUACUUGGCUGUUGACCAAUGUCAAGCAGCAGGAGAAGUCGGCACAGCUUGGAACAGAAGAGCCCAGCGUUGAGCUGAAGGGUGCUUUCGCCAAAAUGACCUCCACAAUUGAGGGAAUCAAAGCUGCAGUGCUCAAGUCAUCAGACAUGGCAUCUGGUGGUACAUCCGCCGAUGUAAUUAAGAAGUGGCAGGACGAUAUCAAAGAUGCCAAAACCACUGUGCUCAAGCUUGAGACCACAGCGAAGUCAUUCCCAGGAUCAUCAGCCAGUACACCACAGCUCCGAAACCUAAAGAUCAACGUACCUCCCACUGAUCACUCUGCCGCAACUGCUGCUCUCAGUGCCGCCACCGAGAAGCUUGCCAUCAACCAAAAUGCUCUCGAUGCGGCGCAACAGACCUACCAGAAAGCAGCCGAAAGCGCCCUCAAGGUUCAGAAAGAGCUUACAGCUAUUCAGACCAAGCUCAAGGGACUCGAGGUCGAGGGUCAAACGCUAGAGAAGGUCAAGGAGAUUCUGGUUGACUGUAUUGCAACUCUUGUCCAGCUCAAGGUCCAGAUUAGCAAGCUUAAGAGCUUCUUUGGCGCUCUGUCCACUAUGGUCAGGGUUGUUGUUCAGAACAAGGUGAAGAAGUUUGACGAAGAUGUCUCAAGCGUCGCUACAGAUGCAAACAAGAAACAGAUGCUCCGCCUUACAGAUAUGGACAUCGAGAUUAUUUACAGCAGCACCCUCCAGAUCAAGGCUUACUUUGAACUUCUCCAGACCAUCGCUCGCAUGUACUGCCGCAUGCACGUGGACCACGUUUCUAAGGGCAUGGAGUUGGUCUGGGAUCUCAGCAAGGUUGUCAAAGACCCAGAUGUUGUUCGCGAGAAGCGAAAGGCCCUCAACGACUGGGCUGAUGGCGCAUCUCAGGCCAUCAUGAAAACGGUAACCGAGAAGCAGAACGAGAUCAAGGAUGGCCUUCAGUCACGAAUCGAGAACAUCGCUGAGCAGACUCAGAUGCUGGAGAAGGUUGGUGUUAAAACCGACCCGGCAUUUACUGCUGCGAUGAAGACUGGAGCCGCCACUGUUACGGAGCAUGUUGAGAAAACCAUGCCCCAGACACUGGCGAUUGAAGUCAGUGAGGAUGUCAGUUGCUAA